CAAUUCUAACGUCAGAUCUGCACUUGCGGUUGUCUCAGGAUAAUUGUGCCCAAGCUCAGUACUGUCCAUAAACAUCUGAGACCCGAAAAGAGAUGUCUUUGAUCAGAUUCUCUUAUUCCUACUCUCUUCCUCUCCUCUUCCUCUGUUCAAUCUCUGCAAUUCUUGCUCAAACUAAUGGGGACCCAACUACCAAAACCAUGGAGGAUUUCUCUGGUUAUCCUAUUCAUGAACCUUCUCAAACCUUCUUCCCUUCUUCACUUUCAGUGGACGCUCAAAGUCUGCAAAAACAGAUUGAUGAGCUAUCCACUUUCUCUGAUACGCCCGCCCCAUCAGUUACUAGGGUUUUAUACACUGAGAAGGACGUAUUAGCUCGCAGGUACAUCAAAAACUUGUUGGGACUCUCUGGGUUAUCUGUUAGAGAGGAUGCUAUUGGUAACAUAUUUGGUCGGUGGGAUGGCUCUGAGCCAGAGCUCACUGCAGUUGCGACUGGUUCUCACAUUGAUGCUAUUCCAUUUUCUGGGAAAUAUGAUGGUGUUGUUGGUGUUUUGGGUGCAAUUGAAGCCAUAAAUGUACUCAAAAGGUCUGGGUUCAAACCCAAAAGGUCUCUGGAGGUAAUCUUGUUCACCUCGGAAGAGCCAACUCGCUUUGGCAUUGGCUGCUUGGGAAGUCGCUUAUUGGCAGGGAGUGAAGCACUUGCAGAAGCCCUGAAGACAACAGUUGAUAGUCAAAACAUAUCCUUUCUGAAGGCUGCUAGAUCUGCUGGAUAUGCAAAAGAUCAAGAUGAUUUGUCGAGUGUUUUCUUAAAGAAGGGAAGUUACUCUGCAUUUGUGGAGCUGCAUAUAGAACAGGGGCCCAUUCUAGAGGCAGAAGGUCUAUCAAUUGGCAUAGUAACUGCAAUUGCGGCCCCUGCAAGCAUAAAAGUAGAUUUUGAAGGCAAUGGUGGUCAUGCAGGCGCUGUCUUGAUGCCAAAUAGAAAUGAUGCUGGAUUGGCAGCUGCAGAACUGGCUUUAGCUGUUGAGAAACGUGUGCUAGAAUCUGGUUCAGUCGAUACUGUUGGUACAGUAGGUAUUCUGGAGUUGCAUCCUGGUGCCGUAAACAGCAUCCCGAGCAAAUCACACCUAGAAAUUGACACUCGUGAUAUUGACGAAAAGCGAAGAAAUAACGUAAUUGAGAAGAUUCAGCAAUCUGCAAUGACAAUAGCCAAAAACCGUGGGGUCAAGCUAUCAGAAUUCAAGGUCAUAAAUCAGGACCCACCAGCCCUCUCUGAUAAAUCAGUAAUUGAGGCAAUGGAAGCUGCAUCAAAAGAGUUAAACCUGAUACACAAGUUGAUGAUAAGCAGAGCUUACCAUGAUUCACUGUUCAUGGCUAGGAUCUCUCCAACGGGCAUGCUAUUCAUUCCAUGUUACAAAGGAUAUAGCCAUAAACCUGAAGAAUAUGCCUCCAGUCAGGAUAUAGCAAAUGGGGUUAAAGUAUUAGCGUUGACCCUUGCCAAGUUGUCCUUGUCCUGAUGUAAAUACAGCUUUUCUGGUGAAAAUUCGCAACAAAAAAAUUGAUCAAGGAAUAAAUUAGACCCAACAACAAAUGCUGACACCAACCUAUACCUCCUUGAGUGAAUGGCCUGUGUUUUUAUCUUCCUUGAAGUCAACUGUGUGGAUCUUUAUAUUUGUUGCAUGUCUCAAAACAUAGUUCGUAGAGUUUGUAAUGCUAAAUUAUCAGUUGUCUACAAAAGAUCUUUGGGAAAGAAUGACAUAAAUGGAUGCUUAUUCCUUUCUAAA